GCCUUCUGUCCGACCCCCGACCUGCGGAGACAGAUGGACAGGCACCGUCCGCGCCUGCACCUUCCGGCCCACGGCUGCGCUGCCGCGGCCCCUUAUCCCUCCUCCGCCUCGCUGCGUAGCUGCCGGGAAAGCAAGAUGCCGCGCAGGAAGGGUCCCCAGCACCCUCCGCCGACCUGCGGCAGCCUGGAGGAACCUGGGGAGAAGCGCCCCAAGUUUCAUUUGAAUAUUAGAACACUGACAGAUGAUAUGCUAGAUAAAUUUGCCAGCAUUAGAAUUCCAGGGAGCAAGAAGGAGCGACCUCCUCUUCCUGCAUUUUCAAGCAGUGACUGCUCAGUGGCACCUUCAGAGAUGAUGGAAAACAUUCCAAAGCAGCUGUCAGAGAAUGAGGUCUUACAGUUAUUUGAAAAGAUGAUGGAAGAUAUGAAUUUAAAUGAAGAUAAAAAGGCACCAUUGCGGGAAAAGGACUUCGGUAUCAAAAAAGAAAUGGUGAUGCAGUACAUUAAUACUGCUUCUAAGACGGGAGGUCUUAAAAGUAGACGACAGAUCUCACCUCAGGAAUUCAUCCAUGAAUUGAAAAUGGGGUCUGCAGAUGAGAGACUUGCCACAUACCUGGAGUCACUCCGAGUGUCUUUGACCAGUAAUCCUGUGAGCUGGGUGGAAAGUUUUGGACGUGAAGGACUUGGAUUAUUACUAGACAUUUUGGAAAAACUGAUUGGUGGAAAAAUCCAAGACAAAGUUGUGAAGAAGAAUCAACACAAAGUCAUUCAGUGUCUAAAGGCCUUGAUGAAUACACAGUAUGGCUUGGAAAGAAUUAUGAGUGAAAAGAGGAGUCUUUCCCUAUUGGCCAAAGCCAUGGAUCCCACGCACCCCAGUAUAAUGACAGAUGUGGUUAAACUCCUUUCUGCAGUGUGCAUUGUGGGGGAGGAAAACAUCCUUGAAGAAGUUUUAGAGGCUUUAACUUCAGCUGGAGAAGAAAGAAAAAUUGAUAGAUUUUCAUCUAUUGUAGAAGGACUUCGGCAUAAUUCAAUGCAACUGCAAGUAGCUUGUAUGCAGCUUAUAAAUGCCCUCGUUACAUCUCCUGAUGAUUUGGACUUCAGGCUUCACAUCAGAAAUGAAUUUAUGCGUUGUGGAUUGAAAGAGAUAUUGCCAAAUUUAAAGCGUAUUAAAAAUGAUAGCCUGGAUAUCCAACUUAAAGUCUUUGAUGAGCAUAAGGAAGAAGACGUGAUUGAGUUCUCCCAUCGCCUUGAAGAUAUUAGAGCUGAACUUGAUGAAGCAUCUGAUGUUUAUGAUAUGGUGUGGAACACAGUUAAAGAAACAAAAGCAGAAGGGUAUUUUAUUUCUAUUCUUCAGCAUCUUUUACUUAUUCGGAAUGAUUAUUUUAUAAGACAGCAGUACUUCAAAUUAAUUGACGAGUGUGUAUCCCAGAUUGUGCUGCAUAGAGAUGGAAUGGAUCCCGACUUUACAUAUCGAAAAAGACUAAAUUUAGAUUUAAGCCAAAUUGUCGAUCAAGCAAAACUAGAAGAGUCUGAAGAAAAAGCAUCAGAACUUCACAAGAAAUUUGAAAAAGAGUUUACUGACCACCAAGAAACUCAGGCUCAAUUGCAGAAAAAGGAAGCAAAGAUUAGUGAGCUUCAAGCAGAGUUGCAAGCUUUUAAAGCUCAGUUUGGUGCCUUGCCAAGUGAUACAAAAAUUCCUUUGCUCCAGUCAAAAGAAGAAGCUGGCCAGCUGGCACUUCCUUGUGCCCCUUCCCUGCUCUCCAGUGUUGGGGUACCACCUCCUCCUCCCCCUCCUCCACCUCCUCCAGUCCCAGGAAUGCCCAUGAUGUGUGGUGGCCCAGUGCCUCCACCACCUCCCUUGAGCUUUCUUGGUGGAAGAAACUCUCCUCCUCCACCCACCUUGCCAUUUGGUUUGAAGCCAAAGAAAGAAUUUAAACCUGAAAUCAGCAUGAGAAGAUUGAAUUGGUUAAAGAUCCGACCUCAUGAAAUGACUGAAAACUGUUUCUGGAUCAAAGUAAAUGAAAAUCAGUAUGAAAAUACGGACUUGCUUUGUAAACUUGAGAAUACAUUUUGCUGCCAACAAAAAGAAAAAAAAGAUGAGGAAGUUUUUGAAGAAAAGAAAGUUAUUAAGAAAAAAAUUAAAGAACUUAAGUUUCUGGAUUCAAAGAUUGCCCAGAAUCUUUCAAUCUUCCUGAGCUCUUUUCGGGUGCCAUAUGAGGAAAUCAAAAAGAUGGUAUUGGAAGUGGAUGAAACACAGUUGGCAGAGUCUAUGAUUCAGAACUUAAUAAAACAUCUUCCUGAUCAAGAGCAGUUAAGUUCUUUGUCUCAGUUCAAAAGUGACUAUAACAACUUAUGUGAACCGGAGCAAUUUGCUGUUGUGAUGAGCAAUGUGAAGAGACUACGGCCACGGCUCAGUGCUAUUCUCUUUAAGCUUCAGUUUGAAGAGCAGGUGAACAACAUCAAACCUGACAUCAUGGCUGUCAGUACUGCCUGCGAAGAGAUAAAGAAGAGCAAAAGCUUUAGCAAGUUGCUGGAACUUGUAUUGCUAAUGGGAAACUACAUGAAUGCUGGCUCCCGGAAUGCUCAAACCUUCGGAUUUAACCUUAGCUCUCUCUGUAAAUUAAAGGACAUAAAAUCAGCAGACCAGAAAACAACGCUACUUCAUUUCCUGGUAGAAAUAUGUGAAGAAAAGUAUCCUGAUAUCCUGAAUUUUGUGGACGAUUUGGAACAUUUAGACAAAGCUAGUAAAGUCUCUGUAGAAACGCUGGAAAAGAAUUUGAAGCAGAUGGGAAGGCAGCUUCAACAGCUUGAGAAAGAUUUGGAAACCUUUCCCCCUCCUGAGGACUUGCAUGACAAGUUUGUGACAAAGAUGUCCAGCUUUGUUAAGAAUGCAAAAGAACAAUAUGAGAAGCUUUCAAAGUUACUUGGAAACAUGGAGAAAUUGUACCAGAGCAUAAUGGAAUAUUAUGCCAUUGAUAUGAAGAAGGUGUCUGUGGAAGACUUUUUUACUGACUUGAGUAACUUCAGAACUGCAUUCAUGCAAGCAGUAAAGGAGAACAUCAAAAAAAGAGAAGCAGAGGAAAAAGAAAAGCGUGCCAGAAUAGCUAAAGAAUUAGCGGAGAAAGAAAGACUUGAACGUCAACAAAAGAAAAAGCGAUUACUAGAAAUGAAGACUGAGGGUGAUGAGACAGGGGUGAUGGAUAGUCUGCUGGAGGCCUUGCAGUCGGGAGCUGCCUUCCGCGACAGAAGAAAAAGGACACCAAAACUGAAAGGUAUUCAGCAGAAUCUCAGUCCAGUGUCUCAGAGGCCUGUUCUGAAAGUUUGUAACCAUGAAAAUCAGAAAGUGCAGUUGACAGAAGGGUCAUGUUCACACUACAAUAUCAAUUGCAACUCCACAAGGACUCCAGUCACCAAGGAGCUUAAUUAUAAUCCAGACACUCAGCCGUCUACAGGGAGGAUCAAGACAGCUGAGAAGAAGGAAGCCUGUGCCGCAGAAAGCAGCAGCAAAAAGGACAUGGAGCUUCUUGGCUCUGUUUCUAAAAAUGAAUCCAUUCCCGAAGUUGAAGCCCUGCUGGCAAGAUUACGAGCUUUAUAAAUUAGACUGGUAAAAAGUCAUUAAGCCAAAUAUAAAGCCACACUCUGAGCUAUAACACUUAAAAAAAUGCCUUUAUAUACAUGAGUUGGUAUAGUUUUAAAUUAUGAUAUAUAUUAGAAAAAUAAAGCUAAAUACAUAAUUGCAGUGCUUUUUCUGCAUACUUGAAGCUUUAGCUUAUUCAGGAUUAUAAUGGGCUUUAAUGCUAUUUUUGAUCUCUCGGUAUUCAUCUGUUCUAUAUUUGGUGGUUAAAUUAUACAUAUUGCUUUAGAGAGCAGGUAGGUGCCCAUUUGUUCAGCAGUGUGUGCUUAAGAAAAGCAUCUUUCUAAGUCGCUGUGGUUUUUAUUAUUUGGACAUUAAUGAAUGUCAGGUCACCAACCUGAUGUCCUACUAUCAUUCCCUGUUUACUGUUCAUACAUUCCUAGGUUUCUGCAAUAAUAACAAAAAAAAAUUUAUAUUUCAAUAACUAAAAGGAAAUGACAAGUAAAUUCUUUAUCCUCAUUGCUGAAUUCAUGUUAACUUGACCCUAAGGGACUAUAAAGAAACUUGAGUGCAUUGCCAAAAAUGACACAACAGCACUGUGUAUGCACUUUCCUUGCAAACACAUGUUUUUGUAUAAAAUGUGUGUGUGUGUGUGUGUGUGUGUGUGUGUGUGUGUGUGUGUACAUAUAUAUGUAGUAGUACUGCACUCUUCAAAAUUUAGUCUUGGCCAAGAGAUUACCCCACCACCACCCCAGUGAUUAUGCAUUCAGACUAAAGUUGCCCUUUUGAAACUUGCCAAGUAAUGGAAUAUUUUUAUUUCUGUGAAUAAACUUGGAAUUUCAUUUUCUUUGAUCUGACAAUCAGUAACUUGAGCAAAGACCUGCAUAAGUGUUUCAAGGAAAGUUUUCAUAGGCAAACCAUACAAUUGUACCUCAUUUCAGCAUCAUUCCUUUGUUAA